AUGUCCGAACUACGGUCCCCUAGGAGUCAAGUUCUUGAAAAUGUCUCUCCGAACAUAUCUUCAAGAACUCGUGCAAAGCAGCGCUCUCAGGCUCGGCGAGUGCAAAAUGCAGCCUUUCUACUCGGAGUGCGCUCGGAGCUCCCUGAUGUCGAUGACCAGGACUUGGAGAUGUUGAACGGCAUGCGGGGGGUUGAAUGUUUCUAUGAUGGCAUGGCAGACUCCCAGACGAUCGAAGGGUUCUCCGCACAACCGCAGCGGUUCCAGGAGCUCGAGAAAGUCAAGUUCAGGAUACCACUACACACCAUGGAUAUCAACCAAAGUGUGACCUGUGUGGACCAGUCAUACUCUGAAUCGGAUUGUCGCCUAGACAUCUUCGACCGCAUCAAGGCUAUGAUGGAUGUUCCAACUACGUAUGAGCACUUAGCCUGGCGCUUAUCUGUUGCCCGCCGCAAGGACCCACCCCAUCGCCUCCUGACAUCAUAUGAUAUUGAUGAUGCGUUCAAAGCGGUGCGAACAGAACAGGGCUCUGGCAGGCGGAAGAAGAGAGUUGUGCUUGAAAUUAUCAACACCAUGCCUGCACUGAAAGAAAGGCCGGUCAAACGCAGCUCCGAAUCUUUUGUGGCAGACGAGCAGAGCCUGUCGUCAGAUCGGACACGUGUCCAGGGACAAACUCUCUUGCCGCUCCAGAGGGCCCCCACCGAAAUUAUCUCUCCUAUCAUCCACAAUCACAUCCACGUUUCACCCGCCAUCAGCGACACGGUGACCUCUGAAGGAAGACAACAAGGAGAACACCCGAUAAUGAGGCCCCAGCCACUCAAAAGGACAUAUGCCCUUUACAUGGAAAGUGACGAAGACUCUAGCGACGACGAACCACUGCAAAUCAUCGAGGACUUCCUUACCAGUGUCCAUUCUCGCUAUCCUGCAAUGGACUUCUUACGUUACGCCGGUAAACUGAAGGAUCGUGGUAUAUUGUAUUUGCCAACCGCAGCUGGGUUUGAUAUUGGAUUCUACCAGAACAAGGUCGGUAUGCCAGAGGGCACUGCACUUACCUUUCAUAGCUGUGUCUACAGAGCUUACAUGAGGGCGGAACGUGCGAAGGGAAGAAGGAAGACUAAAGGGAAAAAGAAGGCACGAGCCCAGCCACAUGAUGACGGCUCAGAGGAUGAGUAA